AUGGAGAGCUCACUCUUUUGGACAUCAAAAAUCAAGUCUGAGGAGUGUGAUUUCGCAUUUGAGGUGCACGAACUGGAACCCAGCAAGUUUGUUAACUCAAUGUGGCUGUAUCGCUUUAUAUGCAUUCAGCGUGCUGCUUCUUUACACAAUAGAGCCAGGAUCUGGGAACUGGGACGGUGUCUGAAAAGCAUCCUGGACUUAUCUGAACCUGACGCAACAACUAUCGUUAACAACCCCAGGGACCCUGUGAGCCUGGAUUGGAUGAAGCUGUCUUGGCCUAUCAAGGCUCCUAAUACCAGCGACCCUCAACAAUACAUUGAGGGCUGCCAAACCUUGUACACUCAGCGUGUGAUUUUCUCUAGUCAUUUGCGUCAAAUCACUGUCUCAUGCAUUGGCAUUGAGGGCACAGUCUACAUCACGGGUCUGAAACUUUCCUUCGACGAUGGGACCAGCACGCAACUCGGUUACAGAUCUCGGGACAAUCCUUCAGCCGAUAUAGUAGCCUUUGGUGGUUUCAUUGUCGCAGUGGGGACGGCAGGAAUCCAUGGGUUGCAGAUAAUCGACGAAGGAUCGGACGUCACAAAAUGGUUCGGUUCGAACAGGAGAUGUCCUCAAACACGUAUGCUGAAGUCGGAAGAGGAGAUUGUCGGAAUGACUGCUUCUUUUGAUGGCUUCAAACUCGUCUCCCUGGCGCUGGGCCGGCCAAUCCGGCGAAAACGUAAAAGUUGGCCGGGUCUUCUUAGUUCUGCCUUAUGGUAUCCAUGUCUCCCGCGAGAAAAUUUGCGCAUGAAAGAUAGGGUUUCAGUGGGCCAAUCGCCCACGAAAUCUCGCCACAAUCUCCUCUUCUGGGUCUGGUUCGGUGGUCCAGGAGGGUCGUACCUUCAGUACUUGACCGGAAUAUCCGUCACAAGAUCCAAAGGCGGCUUUGGCGGGAUCGAAUUCCAUUUCUCAGCCGACAGCGUCCCCAUCACCUCCAGGAAACUCGGUCUUUGUGAUGACAAGCUGGGGCCGGAUUUCGCCAUCGAUGGUGCAGGAGGAGAGUACAUCACGUUCGUCUAUGGGAAGUUUCCGCAGUUGCCUUACCUACCCGCUCUGGUGGUGUGUCACAAACAGGCUUUUACGGGUGUUGAUUAA